ACCGAUGAAGAUUUCUUUCAUUUAUUACACAUGUUUGUGCGUGUCUGCGUGCGUGUGUUUCAUUGGGCAAUAGAAGCUCCCGUGAAGCUGCCGCACCUGCAGCGUCAAAAACAAAUCAGAAAACAUCUGCCACUCUAAAAUCUGGCCCUUUCGGCAGUUAUUUAAAUGCUGGGAGCGUUGUGGUUUCACCUGUAGCGCCUAACCCGAUAUAAAUCACUCCUCCUCCUGCAGCUCCUUCUCUCCUGGUUCCGCAGCAGCUGCAGAAGAUGAGGAUGCACCGAGCGGCGGUGAAGCGACCACCGCGUCUGCGACCAGAAGGCGCGGGAAAAAAUAACAGAAGGAGGAGCUGAGGGGAGGAGAAGGGAACGAGGAGGAAAAAGGAGGAGAAGUGAAGGAGGUGGAGAUCCCGCGAGAAGAAGAAGGAGCGACAGACAGACGAACAGAGAGAGGGAGAGAGAGAGACGGGGGGACCGUAACCAGAGGCAGGAGAGUAAUUGAUCAUCACUCAUUGAUCAGUGAUUUGAUGAAGCUGCGGUGAUUUUAUUUAUUUCACACUGGAGGAGGAGAGACUGCGUCUCCCAGAAAAGGUUUUCCAGAUGAAUCCGAUGACACAGCUGUACUAUAAGAAGGCGACAUAUUCGCCGUACCGCGAUCGAAUCCCACUUCAGAUCGUACGAGCUGAGGUGGAGCUAUCAGCGGAGGAGAGGGCGUACCUCACUGCUGUGGAGAAAGGCGACUAUGCAGGCGUCAAACACGCUCUCCGUGAGGCGGAGGUCUACUACAACAUGGACGUGAACUGUCUGGACCCACUGGGCCGCAGCGCGCUCCUCAUCGCCAUCGAGAAUGAAAACCUGGAAAUCAUGGAGCUGCUGUUGGACCACGGCAUCCACACGGGUGAUGCCCUACUCUACGCCAUCAGGAAGGAGGUGGUGGGUGCUGUGGAGCUGCUGCUGUCCCACCGUAGACCGAGUGGAGAGAAACAGGUGCCAUCUUUGAUGAUGGACAGUCAGUUCUCAGAGUUCACCCCUGACAUCACUCCCAUCAUGCUCGCUGCUCACACCAACAACUACGAGAUCAUCAAGCUGCUCGUACAGCGGAAGGUCACAAUCCCCAGACCACACCAGAUCCGCUGUGACUGUGUGGAGUGUGUCUCCAGCUCAGAGGUCGACAGCCUUCGACACUCGCGCUCUCGUCUCAACAUCUACAAGGCUCUGGCCUCGCCGUCCCUCAUCGCGCUCUCCAGUGAAGAUCCCAUUCUCACUGCGUUCAGACUGGGCUGGGAGCUCAAGGAACUCAGCAAGGUGGAGAAUGAGUUCCGUCAGGAGUAUGAGGAACUCUCCCAGCAGUGCAAGCGCUUCGCCAAAGACCUGCUGGAUCAGGCCCGAAGUUCUCGAGAGCUGGAGACCAUCCUGAAUCACCGAGACAACGACCAGAGCGAGGAGCUGGACCUCAGACAGUGCCACGACCUGGCCAAGCUCAAACUGGCCAUCAAAUACCACCAGAAGGAGUUCGUGGCCCAGCCCAACUGUCAGCAGCUCCUGGCCACUCUGUGGUACGAUGGUUUCCCUGGUUGGAGGAGACGACACUGGGCGGUGAAACUGGUCACGUGCUUCAUCAUCGGACUCCUCUUUCCUGUCUUCUCUCUGAUCUACCUGCUGGCUCCAAAGAGCGCUCUGGGCUGUUUCAUCAAGAAGCCCUUCAUCAAGUUCAUCUGCCACACGGCCUCGUACCUCACCUUCCUUUUCCUGCUGCUCUUGGCCUCGCAGCACAUCGCCCGCACCAACCUGCACAUGCAGGGGCCCCCGCCCACCAUCGUGGAGUGGAUGAUCCUGCCUUGGGUCCUGGGCUUCAUCUGGGCAGAGAUUAAGGAGAUGUGGGACGGAGGCUUCACAGAGUACAUCCACGACUGGUGGAACCUGAUGGACUUUGCCAUGAACUCCCUCUACCUGGCCACCAUCUCUCUGAAGAUCGUGGCCUAUGUGAAGUAUAACUCCUCUCGGCCCAGGGAAGAGUGGGAGAUGUGGCAUCCAACGCUGAUCGCUGAGGCGCUGUUCGCCAUCGCUAACAUCUUCAGCUCGCUCCGACUCAUCUCACUCUUCACAGCCAAUUCUCACCUGGGCCCCCUGCAGAUCUCUCUGGGCAGGAUGCUGCUGGACAUCCUGAAGUUCCUCUUCAUCUACUGCCUGGUCCUGCUGGCCUUUGCCAACGGUCUAAACCAGCUGUACUUCUACUACGAGACCACGGCCUCAGAGGAACCAUACAACUGUAAAGGAAUCCGCUGUGAGCGUCAGAACAACGCCUUCUCCACGUUGUUUGAGACGCUGCAGUCUCUCUUCUGGUCCAUAUUCGGCCUGAUGAACCUGUACGUCACUAACGUCAAGGCUCGUCACGAGUUUACAGAGUUUGUGGGAGCCACCAUGUUUGGGACGUAUAACGUGAUCUCCCUCGUGGUUCUGCUCAACAUGCUCAUCGCCAUGAUGAACAACUCCUACCAGCUCAUCGCCGAUCACGCCGACAUCGAGUGGAAGUUCGCUCGCACCAAGCUGUGGAUGAGCUACUUUGACGAGGGUGGAACUCUGCCCACUCCCUUCAACAUCAUUCCCAGUCCCAAAUCAGUCUGGUACCUGAUGACAUGGCUGCACAGGAAGCUGUGUAGGCGGGGCCUUCCACCGGGGGAGGAGCCACACAAAUGUGAAAAUCUGCGGGAGUUCACGGAACGUCACGCAGACAGUCUGAUCCAGAACCAGCAUUAUCAGGAAGUGAUCUGUAACCUGGUGAAACGUUACGUAGCAGGCAUGAUACGCAGUGCAAAGACAGACGAGGGGCUGACGGAAGAAAACUUCAAGGAGUUGAAGCAGGAUAUCUCCAGUUUCCGGUAUGAGGUCCUGGAUCUUCUGGGAAACCGCCGUCCUCCACGGCGUAACUACUCAUCCUCCAGUGAGAACACCAGAGACGACGGCGCCGCGGCCUCAGAGGACGACAGCGAAUCAGGUGAAUGUGCAGGAGUCGGUGGACAGAGGUCAAAGGGUGUAACCUUUAUGACCCCGCUAGAGGAUGAGUCCAAGCCGGCACCAACGCUCGGUGUCUGCGCUCUGGUGCAGUCCAUUUCAGGAAUGACCCGAAACAACGAAGGAGAAGAGCUGGAGGAGGGAGUGGGAUGGAGGGAGGAGGAGGACGAGGAAGAGGAGGGGAAACCAAAGAGCAACGGCCUGAAGACCAGUGUCCUCCCUCCAUCCUCCUCCAUCUUCCCCUCACCAUCUUCCUCGCUCUCCUCUUCCCUCUCCUCCUCGCUCGCUCGCACCAGGAAUCGUCUGCAGCGUUUCUCAGCUCCAGGUGCAAAGACAGACUCCUUCAAACGCCUCUCCUACCUGUUCUCCCGCUCCAAACGCAAAGCUCCACCCACUCCCUUGGCCCUUCAGUCCCCACCCUCCUACACUAUCUCAGACGGAUUACUCCGCCCCCUGGGCGGCCACAGCCACUCUGACUAUGGACUCAGCCAUGUGACCCGCAGCGAGACGCACUUGAACGUGGUGGGGCGCUCCGUCGACAUCAGCAGCCCCUCCUUCUCUCCGCGGAGAACCAACGGGCGGGACCUGCUCCUGACCUUGCCCCUACCGCCGCCCUGCCCCUGCCAAUCACUGCACUGUGCUUCCAACAUGUCCGAGUCCAGCGCACGCCUCCUGGACUCCAACGAGGACGUUUUCCAAGACGGAGGCGUGGGAGAGGAGGGCCGGGGUGAGGUGGAAGGGAGAGGAGGAGGAGGAGGAGUGACAUACAGUAAGGUGGUGUGGGCUGUGCCUGGUCGCUUCAUGUUUACUGGGACAGAAGCUGUUUUGUUCAUGGACAGUGUGUUGUGA